ACCUAGAACUGCAAGUAUUGAAAAGUAAUAAAAAGAAUUUAUUUCAAAUAUAUAAUAAUUUAAUUAAGUAACAAAAUGAUUGCUGCCACUUACAAGUGCGGUUGCCCAUCAAAAUCAAUGUUUCAUUCCGAGCCAAUAAAAUCUUCUCACCUUCCUACACAACUGCCAAAAUUAUAUUCACAUCAAAAUUAUUUACCUCAAACUCCCCAAAAUUGUUUGCUAUCAAAAACUCAAAAAUUAUGUCAACCUUUUGAUCAAAUAUCGUCACGAAAAGAAUUUCCAGAUUAUUCAUCCCCUAUGGGACAUAAUCCACUGUAUCCGCCAUGCUCUUCACUGUCAGCGUACCCCAUUAGUAAUGUACCAAAUACUAGAUACGAAUUAUCACAAUUAUAUCCCUCAUCUAUGUUGCCGCCUAACAACGAAGUACCAGGUUGUAUCUGUCUCCCAUCAAAUCAGACACAACCAGAAUCAAAUGAAGUCUGUGAAGAUGCUUGUCCAGGCGUGGCUGAUACCACGGCCGGUAAAGUAGUUUCCGAAAUUGUGAAUACUGGUCUGCCGUACAAAGAAAUCGAAGCAAUAAUCAAUGACAAUCGAAUGGUUAUCAGAAUACAGAAGGAUCCAGCAGAGAAUGAAUUCGAUCCUCCGUGUGAUUGCGACGAUAACAAUCUGUCAGGAUUGAAGACGCCUGCUGGAGAAGAAAAACGUUUCAUGGGUAAUCAGAAAGGAAAUAACGUUGUAUUUCAAAUGGCAAGUGCAAAUCCGACACAGAUCAAUCAAAAUACAACAUUAAAUCGAUCAUGCGAUCAAAAUGAUGUCGGAUGUCGUACCGUGACAGUAUUUCCGCAAGUGGAUGUUACGCCUUCAGCGCCAGCAGUUCCAACUAUUCGUGAGGACGAGAAGAAAGAGAAGAAGGACAAGAUCGAUAAACCGAGAAUGCCAAGGUCCAUUGAUCUUGAGGAGAAUCCUAAUAUCUUUCUUCUGCGAAUCAGAAAAAAGAGUGAUAACGGCGAGAAGAAGACCAAUAUCGAUUUGGAAUUUCGGACGCCGAGACCCUGGCGAACAGAAACCAAACCUAUUGAAAAGGUCGCACCUGCGAAGCCGCAUCAGGAAGAUACGUCGAAGGACAAGGAUGAGGGGAAGAAGAAGAAGAAGGCAAAGUGCAUUGAAGGAGACUGGACCACAGUUACAAUAGGAAUGCUGGAAUGCGUCACGUGAAAUGAGAUCGAAUCGUAGCAUCGGGUUUUUCAAUGGAAAAAAGUAGAAAAGCUUGAACUUUUCUUCCCACGAAGGCGGCACCUUUUUUUUACGUAACCGGCAAUUAUCUGCGCUAAAUCGAAUUUCUAUAAGCGUCAAAAAAUAAAAAAUCAAUUUGAACCCAUUGUUAAGUCAGGCUCUCAUUGAUCCAUUCAGCCGUGUCCUAUGUAGAUAUCUAUAGUGGUCAACCUGGAUAGGAACGGCUACCAACUUUCAGAUAAUACAGGUUUUAGACAAGUGUGUAAUGCGCCUACAUCUAUGGGCGUAGAAUUUCUUCUUUUUCUUUCUUAAUAACCGAUAACCUUCAUAGACCCAUUUUCAUAGGAUUGAAUAGUUGAUCUUCAAAGAUGCAAUCAAUUAUUAAUACCAACUGUAUAAAAUCACUCAUAAAUCUAAUAACCAAUAAUUUCCAGCUUUUCUAAUGAAAAAAAGGCCAGACUCAUUAACAAGAUACAAAAAAAUAUAUUCAUAUGUACCGGACUUUUGUUAGAAUUACCAAAAAAAAAAGACUCUUUAAGAGGGACAGGUUUCAAAAUUCCAAUGUGACGUAUUAGUAUGUCAAAUACAAUGUUACCAACAUACAAGGUCAGAGAAGAGAAUUUAUCAAAGUUUGAGAAGCUCCUGGCGGUUCUCACGGCCGAAGCCAAAAGUCAGGUGCGUUGUUGAAUGGACUUUCUGGUCCAUUCAUUCUUCCGCACAGCCACCCGCCCACUACGAGCCCAUUUUUGAGGCGAGAGAGAAAGAGACGAAGGAAAAAAUGAAAAGAAGCAGGAGAACAAAAAAGAAAACGAUUUCCCGGCAAAGUGCACAAUCAAAAGUUGCGCCAUUGUAUACAUGCGUAAGGCUUAUAAGCGUUUAUGGUCCUCCGCUAUUAUACUCGCGAGUAUAAUGAUGACGCAAACCCCAUAGCUAUACGUAAUUUCGAGCCUCGGCUAACAUAAUGCGAUUAGGUACGAGUGAUGAUCGUCUCCAUUCUUCGCGCAUCCCUGAAGAUACGCCUUGACUAGUUUUUAAAAAAGUGAAAACCUUAGGGUUCCGUAAAGAUGAGCUCCGGCAUUUAAAAAAAAUAAAAAAAAUAUUUUAUACUGACUUUACAAUUUAUUUUUGUAUUACAAUAACCAAUUGAUUCCAUAUUACCUGUACAAGGUAUUAUUUACUUGAUAUUCAAAAUAUUAUAUAACGCGAGUUAUUUUCAAAAUCGAUUAAAUUUUCG